CAGAUUUCGGCUGCAUCCGCCUCUUGCACCUCGCAAAUUUCCGGGGUCUUUCCUCCGAACAGCCCGUUUCACAGCUUGCUUCUUGGACAUAGAUUCCAUUAACGACGUGUCUUACAUGGCUCGUAUCAAGCAUCGUCGCCACAGCGGUGGCACACGAUCCUAUGAACACAUCCUGCGCGACGAUCCGCCCUCCUCACAGACCUACCAAGAUGCCAAGCGGCUCAAAAUUUACACUGAGAUCCACCUCCCCUCGUACAAUGCUAUGGAGUCGCAAUUUCUAUCCGCCUCUACUCCGUCGCAGCGCCUGGAUUUCGCGUACGAAUUGGUCGAUCUGAUGCACCUGCUGUCAGACCACCCGGAUGAGGACAUCGGCAGAGAGUGGAGGGAGCGCGCCGAGCAACUGGAGGCGAUCAUCGAGGAUACCGAAAGUGCGUUCCACGGGGGUGGGGGACCUAGUCACGACGCAGGCGUGGCGAAGAAGCAGAAGAGCAGUAAGAAGAGAAACAAGGGCAAGAACAAGAAAACGCAAGGCGAGCCGACCUCGCCGCCGAUUGGUCAUAAACCGGAUGACACCCUCCCGGAUCGCUUGGCUGACGACCAUGACCACAAAAACAACCACGACCAUGACCACGAACGCGACCUAAAGCACGAUCGCGACCCAGACCCAGACCACGACCACGACCAUGACCAUGAAACUCAUGCUCAUACUCACGCUUACACCCACACCCACACUCACACUAACACUCAGACUCACACUCGUACCCCUUCUCACGAUGACGACUCUCACGACCAAUCAGGAGCGCCCCCCGAGCCGCGCGAGCGCACCUGGGGUGAAUACGUCGGGGCGUCAAUCCUAUUCGUCGUUCUAGUUGUGCUCUCUCUCGCGUCAUUCUAUUGCCUCGUCUGGUUCGGGAAGAGUUUGGGGCCCUCGCCAUUCGAGUGGGACAAUCCACAUCCCGGCUUAUCCUCCCUGCUCUUGGACCGCUUGGACGACCUGCGAUCUCUCUGAUAUUUGUUCUGUCUUGUUUUGCCCGUGGGUUCGCCCAAAUGUAAGCUUGUACCCAAAUAGCUUGUAAAUUUUAGAAAGCCCAGGCCUGGCUUGCCAUGUAUGAGCAUGAGUGCCUUGGCUUCGUUGCCGUUGAAUAUAUCCGAAAACAUCGAUAACUUCGCUCUAGUAUGGACAGGUCUGGAGUAUUUGGCGAA